UUAAAAUGGAAAAUAAAUAAAAGUUGCAGCGCAUAUUCAUAGGACAUAAGACCGUUGGUUUCAAAUUUAACACUCAUAAAUCAUCUUCUCCAACAACUGAGCCGAGUAUCCGAGAGGCAGAAACCGAGACCGUUGAGAGCUUCGCUGCUUUAGAUUUAAAGAAAAAAAUUAUGAAAACCCUAGCUACAACAACACCGAUCUCUUCGUCCAAAUCGUCAUCCACCCCCUCCGAAUCCAGCAACUGUUAUUUUCCAGGCUGCCGAAAAGACGCCAAUUGCAACUGCCGAAUUUGCAUUGCUAGUAUGAACGCUGCCUUCGAUCUGAUGCCAGAGAGCGUCCAGAGGAGCACUCUCACCAAGCUCUCCGCCAUGAAGCGCCGCCACUCCGCCACAAGGCACCGUGAGCUUCCUAGAAGCCCUAUACUGUUCAACUCUUCGAGCCAUUCAACUCCAGAUUCCAGUUCUGGUAAGUCCACUUCACUUUUCCCAGAAUUGGAUUCGGGGUCCGAAUUGAGAUUUCAUGAUAAGAAGGAAACGAAGGCAAAGAGAUUAGGGUUUGGGGUUCUGAUUACAAGGGUUCUGCUUGGAUUGGUAUUAAUUUUCUGGUUUGAGUUUGGGUUAUCUCCGAUUCUUUCUGGGAUGAUGGGUCCUGAAUUGUCCUCAGAAGCAGUGAAGAGUUUGGGCGAAAAAUCCAGGGCUUUGAAUGGUUUGAAUGAAAGAUUGGUGUUUUUGAGGAAUGAACUACAAAGAUAUGUUGGUGAAGAGGUGUCAAAUUGCAGCUCUGAUAAUUCAUUGUGGAAAGUUGAUCAGGAUGGGUUUCUUUUACAUUCAAGAUGCACCUUGUACAAAUCUCUUACAGAAGAAGUAAACAUUUGGGGAUGGCCUCUCCAAACUGCUGGAUUGCUUAGUGCAGGAUACUGUUCGAGAUCAUUUACCCUCUUAUCAGGGAGAUUUACAGAGUGGAAGAAUGGAGAGUUGGGAUAUUCAAUUCAAAGAGUUAACAGUUCAUGGACACAAGGGAGAUGGAGCUCUUCAGCCGUUCAACUGGGUCCUCAUACAUGGAUUUUAGAAUAUAGUGAGAUUCCCAUAAGGUCAAAUACAAAACUGAUAUCAGCACUGUUGGAGUUUCUGAAGUAUAAACUUGCAAAAAAGCUGAAAAGGUUGAAACAACAGUUUUGGCUUUGGGCUGUCUUUAGAAGGAGCCAGAUGCGAUAUCUAGGAGCAGAGAGUUUCAGAGUCCCAACUUAGGCCUGAUGACAAGUUUCUAAUGCUUCUUGCAUUCCUUUUUACAUAUGCUACUGCUUUUUGUUUAGUGCUUCAAGCUGAACAUAUAGUCUCUCUGGUCUGCUACUUCUGUAGACAUUAUUUUGUAAGGCAUUAACUGUUGUAUAUAUCUGCUGUCAAGAAAUAUAUGCUUGCUAUAUAGGCUUUUAUCUUGAAAAUCUUUUGGAAUUGAAUUGCAAUUCAUAGUCUUUAAUGAAGCUGGAGAAACC